AUGUCAUCUUCGCCAGCUCAGAAAUCAUCCACCUCCCCCUGGAUUCUCCUGGCCCUGGCAAGUGGCGCAUUCGCUGCAUUGAAUGGACUCUUCGCAAAGCUAACAACGGACCAACACACCACGUCCUUUGCACGAUCACUCGCCCACCUUUUUGGUCUCGAAUCCUCUCCGUUCCUGGAGUUUCUCGUUCGAGGUUUAUGUCUUGGUCUCAAUGUCGUUUGCAACAUUAUAAUGUGGGCUCUCUUCACCCGCGCUUUGACAGCCGGUCCAUCCACGACAAAGGUUUCUAUCACGAAUACCGCGUCUAAUUUCCUUGCUACUGCCUUGUUUGGUAUGGUUAUUUUCCAGGAGGCUGUUGGUGGCCUUUGGUGGCUCGGAGCUGCAAUGAUGGGGGCUGGAUGUAUUUUGGUGGGCAUGCGGGAGGAAGCUUGA